AUGGGGUACAGCCAGAGGACAUUUCCGCCAUCAUUUUUAGCCAUCAUCACUGGGACCAUGUGGGCGACACCACGAAAUUUAGAUCUCUACGAGGGUCGCGAGACAACUGAAAUCCACUUUGAUGGCGAGCAUUCCUUGAAGAUUGGCAAUUUCAAAGCGUACGACUACUUUCAUGACGGCAGCUUUUAUCUCCUCGAUGCUCCUGGACACACACAGGGUCACCUGUGUGCCCUGGCCCGCACAACCCUUGGGACUGGUGAAGGUGGGGGAGAUACCUUCGUCAUGCUGGCUGGCGAUAGUGUACACCACGGCGCACUUUUCCGCCCGAGCAAAUACUAUCCGCUACCUGACACCAUUUGUCCCGCCCCUUACGACGAGUUAGAUGCGAUACAGAGUCGCUGUCCAGGAGCCCUUUACGCGGCCCUCCAUCGCGCUUCGCAGGAAAGAGGGGAUCAGGAAAAGGCACGCACAACUUCCAUGUGCACCGUCCCCCAAGAUGCAGCGGACGAAGACCACCAAGCGGCCGCCCACACACUCGACGAAGUGACCUGGUUUGAUGGAGUUGCAAAUAUAUUCACUGUUACAGCACACGAUUUCACUCUGCUGCCUCUCAUUGAUUUUUUCCCCAAGACCAUCAAUUCAUGGCAGGAAAACGACUGGAAGACAAAGGCGCAUUGGCGGUUCUUAGGCCCUCUGCAGGUUAAGAAAAGUUAG